AUAUGCAAUUAGAUUUUGAUAAUAAAUUUGAAUCUAAUGAACUUGAAUUACUAUUAUCUAAUAAUGAAUCUGAACCUAAAAUAUUAUCAUCUGAUAUUGAAUCAAAUUCAGAAUUAGAAGAAAUACUUGAAACUAAUAAUGAACCUGAAAUAUUAUUAUCUGAUAUUGAAUCAAAUUCAGAAUUAAAAGAAAUACUUGAAACUAAUAAUGAACCUAAAAUAUUAUCAUCUGAUAUUGAAUCAAAUUCAGAAUUAAAAGAAAUACUUGAAACUAAUAAUGAACCUGAAUUAUUAUUUGAUGUCGAAUCAAAUUCAGAAUUAGAAGAAAUACUUGAAAAUGAUAAUGAUUUUAUAGAAUAUUUUUCGGAUGAUUCUGAUAAUAUUUAA